AUGUCCAACCCACGCAAGGUCCGUCAAACCGAAGUCCUCAUAUGCGGCUCCGGCUCAGCCGGGCUAAUGGCGGCCCUGUGGCUGGCCAAAUACAACAUCCCGUUCCUAAUUCUCGAAGCGCGCGACGGCCCCCUCGUGGUGGGCAAGGCCGACGGCGUGCAGUGCCGCACUGUUGAGAUUUUUGAGAGUUUUGGCAUCUCAGAGGAGCUGCUGCGGGAGUCGUAUCAUGUCUUGGAGAUAGCGUUCUGGGGGCCUGAUGGCAACACUGGCCUUGAUGCGGAUGGGAAGGAUGGGGAAGGCGGCGGCGGCGGCAUCAAAAGGUCUCAUUUUGCGCCUGACAAGGAGCCUGGUUUGAGUCACCAGCCACAUGUUAUCCUCAGUCAGACGCGCAUCAAUGAGCUCAUCACGAAUGAGAUGCUGCGGUGUGGCGGGACGAAUGUUGAGUAUGGGCAUGAGGUGAUAAAUGUCAAGGUUGAUUCUGAGGAGGCGGAUGACCCGGAUGCAUAUCCUGUUACUGUGGCUGCGAGAAAGGAUGGCAUGGAAGUCUUGUUCCGUGCCAAGUACGCCUUGGGCUGUGAUGGUGCACACUCAGCAGUCCGGAAGUCUCUGGGCUUCAGCAUGCUCGGCGAUUCGACCAAUGCCAUCUGGGGCGUUGCUGAUAUUUUCCCACGCACCACCUUCCCUGACAUCCGCAAGAAGAGUGUUCUUCAGUCCACCUCGGGCACUCUUAUGAUCAUCCCUCGCGAGGGUGAUGAAAUCUCAAGGUUCUACAUCGAAUUCCCCCCCGGUACCAUUGCCAGCGAGAUCACCGAAAAAGAUAUUCACGACCGCGCACGGCUCAUCUUCAGACCGUACGAGCUGGAGAUCGCCGAGACGAGGUGGUGGUCCGCAUACGCCAUAGGACAGCGACUGGCUAAUCACUUUCACGAGCGAUUCCGCGUCUUCCUGACUGGUGAUGCAUGCCACACGCACUCCCCAAAGGCUGGACAGGGCAUGAAUCUCAGUCUGCAGGAUGGGUACAAUAUCGGCUGGAAGCUCGGUGCGUAUCUCUCAGGCCAAGCCAGCGAGGAUCUGGUGAGGACGUACGUCAGCGAGAGACAGAAGACGGCCACGGAGCUCAUCGACUUCGACCGAAAGUGGACCCAGAUCUUCAAGUCAAGCGGUCGUGGAGACGCGGCUGGGCAUGAUUCGAAUUUGGUGAGAGACGCGUUUGUCAAGGCGGGACGAUACACAGCCGGCCAGGCGUACAGAUAUGACAAGAACAUCAUUGUCUGGCCUUCUCAGGGCCACGACACGCAGAUGGCUGUGGCAAAGACAAGUCCAGUCAGCAAUGCUGAGACGGGACCGCAAUUAGUGGUCGGGAUGAGGCUGCCCAGCGCACAGGUCGUCAGGUACAGCGACGCAAGGGUUUUCCAGCUGCUCAGCGUGAUCAAAUCAGACUGUCGAUGGAGGAUUCUUGUGUUUGACGGGGAUGUUCAGCAAAAGACUAUACAGAGCCGUCUCGAAGACGUUGGCAGAAAGCUUGAGAUGCUCAUCCAAGAGUUUACACCCGAUGGAGCUGAUCCAGACAGUCUGAUCGAGCCCCUGCUGGUCCUCAAAGCAGAGCGCACGAACAUUGAGCUGGUACAGAUACCUGAAGUGUUUAAGCCCGUGACUGGGAAAUAUAGAAUUCGAAGUCUGCACAAAGUCUUCGUCGACGACAUGAGUUACAAUUCCGGCCAUGGCCAUGCGUUUGAUACGCUUGGUGUUGGCACAAGUGAGACUACAAUUGUUGUAGUCCGCCCUGAUCAAUUCAUAUCAAUGGUUAUCCCAGGAGCAGAAGUUGACGCACUUGGCUCAUUCUUCCGAGGGUUCAUGAUCAAGCGAGCCUCCUCGAUAUCAUCUCAGGUAAAGCCACAAUAG